AUGAACCGCAACUCUUCCAUACGCGCCAUGAGCGUUUCCUUAAAAUGGUCAUAGGCGAGGAACGGUACCGCCUUUUCUAAGCCCAUACUCUUCUUACGGUUCUACCGGAUGCCGGCGCACCUGAGUGUGGGAAGGGCAGGUCGAGGGAGUUCAUCAGGAAGGAAAUUGUUCGGAUUACGUGUAACAUAUCCAGCCAUGCCCCGAAGUUCGUCAAGUAAAGUGAAGAGUCAAGAAUUGGUCUUUCAGCGGGCUAAUACAGAUAUGAAGUUUCUCACAAUGUCGCCGCAUACCUCCGGUGAUGGGACGCCUGCAUCUCAGUACCACCGACCCAGCAUCCGAAGGCGAUGCCAUUGCUUCACCGUGUCACCACAGCGAGCCAUUUCUGAUGAUUCGAGCUACGCAACUAAUAUGAAAUCUUCUCAAGACGGAACUGUUAUCCCAAAAUCGACCUGUCUGCUUCAGAUGCCUUCAUUGCACACUGAUACAGAUUCCAAGAUGGAUCUCUGGGAAGCAUACGACCUGUUGAAAGGACAAAGUACGAUGAAUCUGAAUCAAUAACUGUGACAUGAUAGGAAAACUCGAGAGCAUUCGUAGAAGACGGCAGGCAGAGCAUCAAGAAACCACGUCAUUGAAGCAGACCAAGACGGAUGAACGACUGUGACACGAUACAUAGUACC